AUGUCGUCUGAUUCGGUGCUGGUUGCUGUUCGUGUUCGUCCUUUCAAUGAAAGAGAAAAACGUAUUAAAGGAGGAACACAAUGUAUUAUUAAUAUGGAGGGUCCUCAAACAAUAAUAAGAGACCCAGAUACUCAUGGACAAGAUAGACCAUUUAGCUUUGAUUAUUCAUUUUGGAGUCAUGAUGAAAAGAGUGAGGGACACACCCCACAAGAAAAAGUGUUUGAUGAGAUUGGUGUGAGGAUCAUUGAAAAUGCUUUCCAAGGAUAUAAUACUUCACUUUUUGCUUAUGGUCAAACAGGAAGUGGUAAAACGUAUACAAUGAUGGGAGUUGGAGAAGGAGAACAUAUGGGGUUGAUUCCUAGAAUUUGUAAAGCGAUCUUUCAUAGAAUUAGAGAAGAUGGAAAUAAGAAUGAUGGAAUUACAAGAAAUUAUAGAGUUGAAACCUCAAUGAUUGAAAUCUAUAAUGAACAAGUUAGAGACCUUUUCAACCCAACAAAUCCUUUGAAUAAUAAGGCUGGUUUGAAGAUUAGAGAAAAUCCUCAAACAGGUCCUUAUAUUGAGGGAAUGGAAUCUUGUAUUGUACAUAAUGAGGACGACAUUUUGAGGUUAAUGGAUGAAGGUAAUAGGUUAAGAACUAUUGCCAAAACAAAUAUGAAUGAUACAUCAUCAAGAGCUCACACUAUUUUCCAAAUUAUUCUCGCUUCUUCUACUGAAUCUAUUGUUGACAAUGGAACUUCUGCCUUUUCUGAAAAAGUUUCAAUCAUUAACUUGAUAGAUUUAGCUGGUUCUGAAAGAGCAGAUAAAACAGGAGCAACAGGCGAAAGACUAAAGGAAGGAUCAUCUAUUAACGUUUCUCUCACAGCCCUAGGUAAUGUAAUCAACAAAUUGUCAGAGAAAGCAGAAAAUCCAAAUAAGAAAGUUUUUGUUCCUUACAGAAACAGUGUUUUAACUUGGUUACUUAAAGAAAGUUUGGGAGGAAAUAGCAAAACGAUAAUGAUUGCAACACUUUCACCUAGCGAUUAUAAUUACCAAGAAACUCUUUCCACCCUCAGAUAUGCCAACAGAGCAAAAAGUAUCAAAAAUAAGGCAAAAAUCAACGAAGAUCCAAAUGCAACAGUAAUUCGAGAGCUGAGAGAUGAAAUUUCAAGACUUAAAUGUCUUCUUACACCUUCAAAUAAGGUUGUCGAUGACGAUGAAAAAAUUAAACUGAAAGAACAGCUUGCCUCAAGUCAACAAAUUAUAGAACAGCUGCAAACAACUCAGAAAGAAAAGGAACGAAGAACACACGAAAUUGAAAAGGCAAGAAGAAAAGUUCUUGAAGAAGCUGGUAUUGUGUUCACAGAUAUUGGAGAUAUUGUUCAAUCAACUGACGCCCCAAGUUUGGUCAACUUGAAUGAAGAUCCAAUGAUGAGUGGUAUGCUUGUGUAUUUCUUUAAAAUUGGUGAUACAUUCUUAGGUCGUGAUAAGUCUAAUAAUAUUGUUCUGAAUGGUCUUCAAAUCAAACCACAACAUUGUAUAGUUUCCAGAACUCCCGAGAAUAUAAUAAUCAUUCCAAUCAAUUCUGCUACUGUUUAUGUAAACGGUAAAUUGAUAACCAAGGACACAGAACUGAAGUGUAAUGACAGAAUAAUUUUAGGUAAUAAUCACGUUUUCAGAUUUACAGAAACAAGCUCACAAGUGGAUGAAAAUAUCGAUUGGGCUUUUGCUCAAGAAGAGUUAUCUCAAGAACAAAAGAGAGCUAUUGAAUAUGCUGUAGAAGAAAAAGAAAAAGAAAUUGAAGAAACAAUGAAGGCAAAACUAUUGGAGAUAGAGAAAGAAUAUGAAAAAGAAAAGUACAAACAGCAAGAAAUUAUUGAAAGACAAGUCAAAGAGUUAGAGGAACAUAAACAAAAGCUUGAGGAAAUGGAUGAAAAAAAGAAGAAGAAACGAAGAAGUUUUAGAGACACUGUUAGGGGUGUUCUUAAAGGUCUUCACAACAAGCUUGUCCACAAAGAAGAAAAGGUCGUAAAGCCUCCUCCUGGUAAUAUUUCGAGAAACAGAAUCGAUGAAAAUUUGGUUAGGCUUUUGCCAAUGAUUAAGGAAGCAAAUGAUAUUGUAAAGGAUUUCAAUAAGAAUAUAAGAUAUGACUUGAAAAUUCUGGUUAAAAAUUCUGAACCUCUUCUGGGUAUACAAGCAGUUGAUAAGGAAAGGAAGAAGACAACAAUGUGGUCGGUUGAGGAGUUUGAAACUAGACUUGUAAAGAUGAGAGAAAAAGUUCUCAUCAUUAGAGAACCAGUCCAAAAUGAUCUUAACACUUCUAUGACUGAAGAAGUUCAAGAUCCUUUCUAUGGCAGUUCUGUCGAAGUAGUAGGAACAGCCAGAAUGGAACUGAAGCAUUUAGCCAGAAGAACAGCAAAAGAAGAGUUGCUUCCUCUUCUUGAUGUUGAUGGUGAGGUAAGGGGCCACUUGCUAGCAGCAAUCGUUCCAUUGGUUCCAGGUGAUGAAACCAUGAAACAAACACCAUUACCUGUUGAAACUCCGGAUGAUUUGAUGGGCCAAUCUCUUCAUUUCCUGCUCAAGAUUAAAGCUGUUAAGGAAUUGGACUCACAAUCCAAGGACAAUUAUGUUCGUUUCAAGUUUUAUACUGAGAAACCAAUUCAUACUUCCAAGCAAACAGGAACAAACCUUUUGUUCAAUUUCCAUAGAAGAUACUGUGUAAGAACAGUUAACGAGGAUUUAAUUGAAUACUUGGAAGAUGGCUUUAUUCAGUUUGAUUUGGUAGGAGAAAUAACGCAAGAAGAAGGAAAAUGGAAUUCUCUCAGAAGAAAGAGUCUUUCCAGUUAUGGUGGCUUGAUGCAAGAAGCUUUUGCUAAUUCAACCAUGAAUAGUUCUCAAAAUGGAUCAGUUGGUGGGUCAACAACUCCAAAGAGAAAAGCCAUACCAAACUUUACACCACCAACAAGUCCAAUUUCUCCAGCAAAUUCCGACUUGAAUCAUAGUUUAGACACAUCUGAUACGUAUUCUAAUGCUAGUGAGUUGAUAAAAGAAAAUGAAAUUUUGAAAGCAAGAAUAAGAAGGUUAUCCAUUGGUGGCUUACCAUCACCAUCUAAGAACAAAACCGUAAUACCACCUCAAGCAACUUCAAUAUCUUCAUAUAGUAUAUUGAUUGUUAACUUUAUUUCAUUAACCAAUUGUCCGUAUGGAGAUGGUUGUGUAAAUUUCAAAGUUUCUCUUUCACAGGGAUCAGAAGAAAGAACUUAUAAUGAAAAAGCUAAAUCUGGCUUAGUGCCUUGUACAGUUGGCCAAUUUCCAAUCAAUGAAAAGUUAUCUUUCAACAUUUUAGAGACUAUCCAACCAGACAAUGUGUUAAAGAUCAAACUUUGCCACAACAAACAAGAAGUGAUGAAAUUAAGUACAACUAUCGAAAGAAUUUUCGAAUUAUUUAGAUCAGGAAAUGAAGAAGAGAUUGCUUUUAAUGGAUCAACAACAAAACUGCAGUGGUCUUUCAGUUUAGAUGUUUAAUGUGAUCCAUUUUCAAAUGGUAAAAUCAUUAUGUAAAAAAUGCAAAUAAAUAUCAGCAACAAU